AUGGCCGAUUAUCUAUAUGAUCUUCUAGCCCCUCAUCUGGCCUCGACGAAGGCUGCCACCGCCCUCUCCGAUCCGGAUCGCGAUACAACCACCGCUCAAUACCUGAAUCGUCUCCCUACGCUCUCUCUCCAAGCAUUACAGUCCACGGAACCUCAAUCCCUAACUCAGUCCUCUCAUUCUACCCUUCUGUCGCUGCAAGCUCUGUCGAAUCGCUCCCACAAGGCCUUUGUCACCUCCGCAGAUGGCCUGUCCAAUCUCCGCGCGUCCAUCCCCCAGUUGGCCCGGAACGCACAGCAACUGCGAGAUGCGGUCCCAAAACUCGAUGAAGAGGCAGUCCGAUUCUCGUCCAAAUACAGCCGAGCAGCGGAGAAUGUCGCUCUAGAGCAACGGAAGAAGGUGAUGCAGCUGGCGCGGAACGUCGACCGGCUGUCCGAUAUCCUCGAGCUCCCCACGCUGCUCGCAACAGCUGUCUCUUCCGCGGCCGCUAAUUCGGCAACGACGGGCAGCUCGGUCUCCACGACGUAUUCUACGGCAUUGGAUCUGUACGCGCAUAUCAAGCGGUUACAAACACUCUAUCCCGAUUCGCCGCUCAUCAAAGAUGUAGUCUCCCAAGCCGAGGAUGCUAUGAAGGACAUGACGUCGAAUCUGAUCGCAGGUCUUCGGGCACAGAACUUGCGACUAGCAGCUGCUAUGAGGACGGUGGGUUGGCUGCGUAGGGUGGCACCGGAACUGGAUAACCUCCACCACGAAGGAUCACCGGCUGCGGCGGAGGGCGCAUUGGGGGCUAUUUUCCUGAUCUGCAGGCUGGCGAAUUUGAUCACGAUGCUAGAAGCUCUGGAUCCUCUACGGGAGCUGGCCGAUCAGGAGACACAGCGCAGGGCUCCAAACACAGACAAGAAGAAUGGGGCGACGGGAACCUGGUCCGAAGGACACCAGACGGAGAAGUAUCUGAAACGGUAUAUCGAGAUCUUUCGCGAGCAGAGCUUUGCAAUCGUCUCUCUCUACAAGAACAUCUUCACUCCAGAUCAAUCGGAGUCAGAGCUCGCCGUGACCGGCUUACGGGGCAUCGAUGCGCGGCUCAAAGCUGCGGCAUCGCGACCCUCUCACCCAGAGGAUCCACUCCAGUGUCUUCCACCGGCACUUGCUACCUUCCCAAUGCACCUAAUACAAUUGUUGACGGACACCUUGCGCACCUAUCUCCCCAACGUCCGGGAUAAAAGCUCCCGAGAGAGUCUCCUGACCCAGGUGUUGUACUGUGCUGCCAGCUUGGGUCGACUGGGUGGUGAUUUUGGCAUGAUUCUGACCGAGCUCAGCGAGGCAGCGGAUGAGGAGCAAGAGGACGACGAUGCCGAUGACGAUGACUUGGCCUAUGAAUGGGAGGAAGUGACUCGGAAACACAGAGCCUUGGCAGGACGCCUAGAGCAGCUGACAGGAGGUGCAACUCCCGGGUCCUCGGCCAAAGGACAUUCGUCGCGACAAGCCUUGCCCCUGCAAGGAGAUAUUUGA